UUCAACAAUGCAAGUGUCAGCUUGCAUUAAAUUUUUUAGUUAGAAGUGUCUGCUAAUUAGUGUAUAUAAGGGGACUCUUGCUCUCAAUUGUCACAAGUCGCUUCAUCAAUCGAUUAUAUCAAAAUGGUAGUUUUGUUGUUCUUUGUUCUAGCCCUCCCCAGUCUCUUCCUAUGCAUUCUGCUAAAACAUAGAAGAAACGGCAGUAUUCUUCUUCCCCCUGGCCCUCCAGGCCUUCCCUUGAUCGGUCACUUACACAUGCAGAUGCUAGAUAACUCAGCCCCUCAUAUUUUUCUUUGGAAACUCUCUCAAAAGUAUGGCUCUCUCAUGUCCUUGCGACUCGGAUUUUGGUUAACGCUGGUAGUUUCUUCAGCGAAAAUGGCUAAAGAGGUUAUGAAAACACAUGACCUUGACUUUUGCAGUAGGCCUACUUUACAUGGGUCAUAUAAAUUAUCUUACAAAGGUUUAGAUUUGGCUUUUUCACCGUAUACUGCUUAUUGGAGGGAGAUCAGAAAAAUAUGUGUUGUUCAUCUCUUUAACUCCAACAGGGUGCAACUCUAUCGUCCCAUUCGAGAAGAUGAAGUUUCUCGCCUAAUUGCAAAAAUAUCCAAAUUAUCUGUUGAUUCUAAGCCUGUCAAUUUGAGUGAGGCAAUGAUGUGUCUUACCAGUACAAUAAUUUGCAGAGUAGGAUUCGGCAAGAGGUAUGAAGACGAAGGAACUGAAAGAAGCAGAUUCCAUGAGAUGCUUAAUGAAGCCCAAGCCCUGUUCGUGGAAUUCUUUAUUUCUGAUUAUUUUCCUUUCAUGAAUUGGGUUGAUAGAAUCUCCGGAUUGCUCAAGCGUGUUGAAAAAAAUUUUAAAGAAUUUGAUACCUUCUAUCAAAAACUCAUCGACGAACAUCUUGAUCCAAAUAGGUCAAAAUUGGAGCAAGAAGACAUAAUCGAUGUCUUACUACAAAUUUGGAAGGAUCGUGAAUUUGCGAUUGAUCUUACUAUAGAUCACAUAAAAGCUGUGCUAAUGAAUGUGUUUGUUGCUGGAACGGACACUAGCGCUGCCAGUGUGAUUUGGGUCAUGACCUUCCUAAUGAAAAAUCCUAGGUGUUUGAAGAAAGCUCAAGAGGAAGUGAGAAGUUUGAUGGGGAAAAAAGAUUUUGUAAAUGAAGAUGAUACUCAAGCCUUAACUUAUCUUAAAGCUGUGAUAAAAGAAACAUUCAGAUUGCAAGCAAUAGUUCCAUUGUUGGUGCCACGAGAAACAAUGCGAAAGAGCAACAUAAGCGGAUAUGAAAUACCUGCCAAAACCUUAGUUUAUGUGAAUGCGUGGGCAAUUGGAAGAGACCCUGAAGCUUGGGAAAAUCCAGAAGAAUUCUAUCCGGAGAGAUUCAUUGGCAGCUCUAUUGACUAUAAAGGACUAGACUUCAAGCUCAUACCUUUUGGUGCCGGUAGAAGGGGUUGUCCCGGAAUACAUAUGGGAGUUGUGACUGUGGAGCUUGCCCUUGCUAAUCUUCUUUACAAAUUUGAUUGGGAAAUGCCAACAGGGAUGAACAAGGAAGACUUAGACUUUGAUGUGAUACCCGGUAUCACUACACACAAAAAAAAUGCUCUUUGCCUUGUGGCCAAAGAAAUUAAUGUUUAAUGCAUGUAAGGUUAUCCUAGUAACUUAAUUGCUGCUAGCUUGCUCUAGUGUUGAGUGUCAACAACAUUUUAUGUUGUGUAUGUUUUAUAAUAAAUCCAUGUUUGUUAAUGUUAA